AUACAUAUUUUUGCAAUUAACCAACAUUUAAUAUAACUUAUUUCAAACAUUACUUAGUUUAUUUAAAAACUGCAUUUUAGUACACAAAUAUUUUAAUUUAAAGCAAUAGUUUUUUUCUAUUUUAUAUAAACUUUUUAGCAAAUACAUAUAAAUGUUAAUUCGCAAAAUGUUUUGCAUUUCCAAAAAGUGUCAUUUCUACAUCCAUUUGUCAACCAAUGCGGGUAUAAAUGACAUCCACAAAAACAAUAUACAACCAAGUUUGUGGAUGUACGCGCGCGGUACCGCUUGUUCUUUUUGUGAGUUUUGCAGAUUUAUAAAAAGAUCUUUUUCGGUGAAAAUAUGUGCAUUAAUGUGACAAUUUAAAGUGUUUAAAAUAUAAAAAUUUCAUACAGUGUAUUGAAUAGAAAAAGUACGGUGCGGAAAACCAGAAUUAUAUAUCUACAUAAUAACGCGUUAACGACGAGUUUUUAUACGAUUUCCUUUAGUGUAAUAUAAAUACAGGCAGUAAUGGCGUAAGGGUGAAUGCAAAAAAAAUUCAACAAAUUUGCUGACAAAUAUAUAUUUAAAAAUGGACGAAAUUGAAUACCUGGAGGAGUACGAAGAUUUAAUUCUACCAACAAUGAGUACUCAAGCUACAACUACUAAAGUUCGCAACAGGACCAAUCUUGCCGCUAUGGCAGAUGAUGAAGACUCUUCUUCUAUAGAUCAAGAUAUUUUCGACAGUUUAUUCGAUGAUAAUUCGGACGACGAAUCCGUAAUGCAUAAAAAAGGCCCUGCAAAACUGAGUCAACGUAGUGAACGCAGUUCACGUUAUUCUCGCGUUUCCAUGGACUCGCUUGAUAUGCUCGUAAAAGAAUUAGGUGAGCCAUUCAAUGUAAAUGCAGACAGUUCAAAAUCAACGAACAGACCGCAACCUAAACAAAGUAAUAUAAAAGUUACUCAACCCAACAAAACCGUACAAAAAUCUACCACCACAACUACAAUGGCAAAAGGUACCAGCUCACCAACGCCUCUAUCCAGUGGUAGCAUUAAAACAAACAAAACAGAAGCGACUAAAGCAAUUGUGGAACGCAAUAACAAAGCUAAAUCCGUCGCCACGGUAAGGCCAACGGUGCAACAAAAUCUUGGCCAAGCGUCAACAGCAACGAAGUUAAUAAAUUCUAAUGAUCAUGCGUUGCCAACAACUCGCACAUUACAAAGCAGUAGAAGUGCUGUUAUACAAAAUACGAAAAUAACUAGUGCUUCCGCAAAUUCAUCCAAGGUUGCCUCGCCGACUCCCUCAACAUCGCGUAAACAAAUUUCAGCUGCUACUUCAACAACAGGCAAUAGCAAUAAUACGCUUAACAGCAGCAAAAAUAACACGCCCAUGGCAGCAUCUAAGCGCAUAGUUGAACGUUCGCAGACAACCAUUAUAAAACCGGAGAAACCACAGAUAAAAGAUCCCGCAGAAGAUCCUUUAAGUUUGGAAAAUAUUGAAAACGAAUCCGACAGCGAUACUGAUUCAUUUAUAUACUCUGAUGUAUCUGCUGAUACAUUCGUUACGCUCAGUGAUGUGGACUGUGAUGAACGUCAUAUUAUUGAAUUGUCUAACGACUCCAACUAUGAGCGUGCUAAUCUAGACAAAAUACGUGGGUCAACGCCUUCCCCCACAGUUUCUGAUGAUUAUAAAAGUGAUAAGGAGGAUACACCAACAAAAAUCACGUCGAAAUUUGACGAAACUACUAAGGAGGGCUCUGUAUUGGAAAGAAAUGCAAAUGCUACGUCAAAGUUUCGUGUACGACAGUAUGUUGACACCGAGGCGACAACAAGUCGUGAACGCAAACAAGAAACAUCAAACGAAUGUACGAAUGAUAAAACAACGUAUAUGGAUAUAAAUACAACAGCAAAGGAUACGCUAUUGGAGCGUAUAGAUACAGUGCUAUCCGUAGCAACUGAUAAGGCAGAGGAGCUUAAAUUUGUUGCAAAAGAUAUUGAUGAAGUUGAACCUGGUAUGGAGGUUGAAGUUGUAACUGAUAGUAAAGAUGAGGCCAAAGAUAAGAAAACGGAUGUUAUGCCAGAGAGUGCAAUUGUUUCUAGUGAUAGUCAAGUGGAUAGCAUGACAAUUGCGAAGCCAGGAGUAAUUCAAGGUGAUCAACUUAAAACACAGAAAUUAGAAUUACUAACCAAUGCAUUAUCUUCCGCAGAGCCAUCCACAACUGAAACAAUGGAAAUGGAUAUGGGAGAAAUUGUGGAGGAAGACGUUGAAAAAGAAAAAAAAUAUUUGGACAAUGAAGAUAUAGAAAAAACUAUUGAAGAGAAUAAAGAAAAGUCAGGCAAUGAUAACACUACUAACGAAGCAGCUGAUAAUAAUGCUGGUAACGUUGUAAUGAAUUCGCUAACUACUGAAAAUGUUGAUGAAACUGUGCACCAAAUUGAAGUCAUAAAUGAGCAGGUUGUUGAAACAGUGGAGAGUGCUGAGACAAACGAAAACUUGAAUAUCAAACAAAGUGGCACAGAAGCUGCUACAAAUGAGUGCAACGAAAGAGAAGUGAAUGAAAGAAAUGCUGAUGAGCUGCAGGAAGCGGAAGCAGUUUUUUAUGAUGCAGUAGAGAGUAUAACUGAAAAUGCUACAAAACUCGAUGAGGAAGAUGAAGUAGCUCAAGAAAAGCUAGAAGAUGAAACGAUGAGCGAUAGGGCGCUAAAAAAAGGAGAAGAAGAUGUUUAUAAUGAAGAUGACGAAAGUAAAAUUGAAAAGCAUGAUGAAAAAGUGCUUGUCGAUAAAGACACAGAACAAGAAAAAUUUGAUUUGAACACGGAAGCGAAAACAAAUGCAGAGUUGCAGUUGCAGAAGCACGAAGAACAAAGUAAUAUAAAAACUGCAGAUACUACAACACCAACUGAGGAGACUCAACCAAGCAAAAAGUAUGAAAUGAAAAAUGAAAGCUCGGCCGAAAGUGCAAAAACACAAAAUGAGAAUGAGAAUGAGGAAAACUGUGCGACCAGCUCGAAGAAUGCCAAAGAGCUGCACGAAACUGUUACGAAAAUGCGUGGAAAGGAUAAACAACGCGUGAGCCUAAGACGCUCACAGACACCCAUGAGUGCUAAGUUUACAGAAAGUAAAACGUUGCUUGCUGCAAAGAAACCAAGCGAGGAAGAAGCAAAGGCUUACAAUGAGACGAAGGAAGAUGAAGCAAAAGCUGAUAAAGCAACUGUGGAAAAAACUGCGGAUGAUGUGAGAAAUAAAGAUAAAGACAGAGAGAAAGAUGCAACGAUUGUCGCUAAAGCUGGAAAAUUGAAUGAAGAUAGCGCCGGAGAAAAUAUAAAAGAAGUGGGUAAAAGGCCACAAUCCAGCAGGAACAAAAGUAAUACCACAAAAGUGGAUAAUAAAAUUGAUGAUAAAAGCAAGAAUAUGAGUAAAUCAAAUAUAGAUACAGAAAAGACGAAUUCUGAAAUGCAGAGAAAGUCUAGAUACGAUAAAAAGGAAGAGGUUUCAAGGAGUGAUACAAAGAACGAACGCAACGAACGAUCUCAAACGCCUCGUGGUACAAAAAUGCCAAAACUGCCGAGCGGAGUAGCCGAAGCACAAACUGUAGAAAAGAAAGAAAUAGGUGACACAGAAAGUAGCACAACAACAAAAGUAGCAGAUAAAAAGAAAAUCACGAAAGAAACUACAGCACAGACAAAACAACAUAAAACCGAAGUCGAGACGCACUUAGAAAAGUGCAAAACGCCUGAAAUGACAGCCAGACACGACAAAAGAGUGCGUGGACUAGUGGUGUCCCUAAAAAAGACAGAUCUAUCAAAAGUGCUUAAUGAAAAACUUUUGCGGAAAAUAAACACCACAGAAAAAGGUGAAAUGCCAACUGAUUUAGAAAAGAGUGAGACAGCAGCCAACACAACUGUAGAUAAACCGAAAAUUGACUCGAAAGAAAAAGAAAUGACGAUGGUUAAAACAAAAGGCGCUACUAAAGAAUCUACGCCUACAGUUGUAGAUGAAAAAGAUGCUUGCGUUGAAAAAUCGGCAGAAGAAAGAAAUAAAGAUAUUGAAAAUACUACGGAGAAAGCAAAAGGAGAUAUUAAACACGAUAAAUCUAAAGAUAAAACCGAUACAGCUAGGAAAGAUGAAAACUCUGGCGAUAAAACAAAAAGGUAUUCUAAAUAUGAAACACACACAAGUAAAAGUAGACGUGAUCGAACUAGAGAUAAAUCUGUAGAAAAAGCCAGUGAACAUACGAAAUCUAUGAAAAUUGAGGAUAAAGCAGAACAUUCUUCGAAAGAUGAAAAAUCUGUAAUUAAAUCGAAUAAGGAUUCAAGAUUGGAUAAAUCUGCAGACGAUACAAAGAAGUAUUCAAAGAGCGAUAAGUCUACAGAAAGGUCAAAGAGAGAUUCAAAAUAUGAAAGAUCUACAGAUAGAGCAAAGAAGGAUUCAAAAGAAGAAAACACUGCAGAAAAAUUGAAGACUGAUUCAAAAGAGUCUACCGAGAGAGCAAGGAAGAAUUCGAGAGAGGAAAAAUCGACGAGUGGUCGCAAAUAUGAAAAUUCCACAGAAACAGAAAAGAGGGAAACAAAAGAGAAAACUGAGUAUAAAGUAAGGAGUGACUCAAAAGAAGAAAGAUCAAAGAGUUCUUCAAAAGGAUCUACAGAGAGAACAAAGAAGGGUUCAAACGAAGAAAAAAUUGCUGAAAAAACAAAAACCGAUUCAAAAGAGUCGACGGAGAUACCAAAGAAGGCUUCAAAAGAAGAAAAAUCCGAUGAUAAAUCUAAAAAAGACUCGACAGAUAAAUCCGAUGACAAGUCUAAAAGAGACUCGACAGACGAAAGAAGUGCGGAAAAAGUACGGAGUGAGUCCAGAGACUCUACACAUAGGACAAACAAAAGUUCAAAGGAGGGAAAAUCAACGCGUCUUUCAAGAUAUGAUAAGUCUAUAGAAAGAGCAAAAGAUGAAAAAACGGAGGUAAAUGCAAAUAAUGACUCGAAAGUGGAAAGAUCGUCAAAGGAAGCGAAGAUUGAUUCGAAACAAGAAAAGUCCGCCGAUAGAUACAGAAAAGUUUCAAAGGAGGUAAAAGUAAGGAGUGAUUCGAAAGAGGAAAAAACUUCAGCGAUAGCAAGAAGUGAUUCUAAAGAGGCAAAAUCCUCAGAGAAAUCAAAGAGUGAUUCAAAAUAUGAAACUUCUACAGAGAGAGUAAAGAAAGACUCGAAAAAUAGGGAAUCUGAAAUAAAAGCAACAAUUGAUUUGAAAGAAGAAAAAUCUGCAGAUAAAACACUAGAAGAUUUAGAGAAAACGCAAGAGUCAAAAGCAAAAUCAGAAGAUGACAAAGAUACUGAUUAUCGAAAGCUUAAAUGGAAAAAUGAGAAAUAUACACGGAAAACCAAAUCUGGUAAAGAUACUAAGCAAGUGUCGCAGAGUGAAUUGAACGUUGAAAAAGAAACGGAAAAUGACGUUUGCGAAACAAAGCAAUCGAAAGCAACAACUUCAAAGGAAACCGAAACAGCCGAUAAGAAAACUGCAGAGCAAAAUGCUGAAAUCAAUGAAAAGUUAAACACGGAAACAAAUCUUGACUCCAGCAAAAUCAGUACCAUACAAAAUUGCGACGAAACGAGCGAUAGCAAGCUAGAAGAGUCCGCUGUUGAAAGUCGUAAAGAAGAUUUAGAGAAGAUAGAGGAAAAAGUUGCAGCGAGCGAUAAUGUAAACACUAUUCAAGUAGAGCAGAACGAUAAAAGAACAGAAGAACCUACUGAAAGCGCAAAGAUAACUGAAGAAGAAACAACUGUUACCGGAAGCACCGAGAAAGCUGAAGAAAGAAAAGCUGCUAUUGAAAGCACUGAUAAAUCGACGGAUGAAGGAGUUGUUGAAAAUAGCGCUAGCGCAAAAUAUGAACCAAAAAGGGGAACGUUCUAUAAAACGCGAGAGAAGAGAGUUAAACGCAAAUCAGAGACUAAAAACGAAGAAGAGUCUGCAGUUGAAGAAGCAGGUAAAAAAAAUGAAAAGCAACCGCAACCGGAAACUAAAACAGUUGCAGAUCACAUAGAUGAUGGUACGCAUGAAAAGAAAGUUGAUACAGAAAAAGCAACCGAAAGCUCAGAUAAACAAGAAGAGAACAAAUCGGAAAUUGUAGAAAGCAACGAUGUAGAUAAAGUGGAAGCAACAACAGCUGCUGAGGAUGCACAAAAGGUCGAGCAAGCAACAAAAGUUGACGAAAAUACCACGAAAAGACGAGGUAAAUCUAGAAGACUUGCUGAAAACACGCAGAAACUAGAAGAUACGACUACGACUGUGGGAGGUGCAGUAGUAGAAGAAAUUACAGAAAAUGAACGAGAGAAAACUGAUACAGCAAUUGAGAAGAAAAAUGUAGUUGAACCUCCCACAGAUGGCAAGGCAGCAAGUGAAGUGGUGGAAAGUAUCGAUAAAUUAGAAAAUCAAAUAGUCGACGAAAGUGCAAGUGAGAAUUUAAAUAAGGAAGCCAUAAUAGAAAAAGGUGCAUUGAAUGUCGACGAAAUUGAACAUAACCGUACUAAUGCUGAGUCGUUAGAAAAAACCGUAAACACGACUACAGAAGAAACAGUCGAAGUUGAAAGAGAUAUUGAAAGCAGCGAUAAAAAUACAAAUACUCAAACAGCAGCUGAAAAUGCCAAUCAGAAUAUCGUUGCCGAAACUGUUGACACGAAGCCGACAAACGAAACAACUGAAACUCAUGCAGAUAAGAUCGAAGCAAAUAAGGAGGCAACGACAGAGCACGAAGCCGCCGCAAAUACAGAAAUUACAGACCAACCUAAUAAGCAACACUCUACUACGCAACAAACAGCAACAACAAAAGAGAGUGCUGCUGUGGAAAGUGUGAAGGAACCAGCAGCUACUGAAAGUGGCCGCAGCGAAACUAAAAAACAUAAUCGUUAUAAGAAUAUACGCCACUAUGCAGAUAUAGAAAUAAUUUCCCAAUCUCCACAACUGCUGUCGGCUGACGAGGACGAACAUGAAGGCGUAAAGCGUCGUUCAAGGCGCACGCGCGCUGCCGAACAUUCGCCUAACAAUAAAAAUGAAAAUCACAAGAAAGGCGCUAGAGCUACUGCAUAUCAAGUGCCAACUUCGGCAUUAACAAAUGCUGCACACAAACUGCAUAAGGAACAACCGAAUAGCAGUCGUUUCGCUACAGCGACGCCAACGACGAAUUUGGCACGAAAGCGCAUGCGUGAUCUCACGCCAAACACAACGGCGGAAAAUAAUGAACUAGAUAAGUCGCCGAGCAAAAAGUUGAAAUGGGAGCCAGUACGAAAAUCAUCACGCAUACAAAAUGAUGACGUCGACACCAGUGAGGGUGAACACGGCGCCAAACAUUUUAGCGCAGCAAGGGAAAGUACAGCAAGUAAUAAAAGCGCACACGAGAAGCAAGGUAAAUCAACGAAAGGUAGCAAGAGUGCAUAUGAGAGUGUAACCGGUGUGUCAACAAAACAUAGUAUUGCAUCCGAAGUCAAGUCAUCGCCAAUCGGCGAUGACAUAAAUACGUCUAAAACGCGCGACAAAUUAAUUAACACCAGCCAUAGCGCUAAUAAAGUUCACACACCGGAAGUGAAACGUAAGCAGGAACAUGGAAAGUUACCAACCACAGCAACAACGACUGAGUUGAGUAAGAAACGUUGGGCUGAGCUAGAAAAUGCACAACAGUCAGCCAAGAAGCAAGCGCAUGCAAAUGAUGAGAGCACACAACAACAAAAGAAAACUCCCACAACGCAUAGAAGCGCAGUUAAACAAUCAGCCACCUCGUCGACUGGCACGCCCACGGCUAUAACACGUGUCGAAGCAAAAGCUGAUCAUGCGCACACGUCAAUUUCAGCAGAAGCCACAGAUCCUUUGCAAUUGCCGGUGAAACGCUUUAAACGUCUACAAGCCAUCGAUGGCUAUGAUACAAUAAAUACAAGCGAAGAGCGCAAAGACAUUAAAGCAGAAGAAUUGGAUAACAAAAAUUCAACGUUUAAACGUAAAUCGCUGCGGGCUGCUGGGCCAACCGACGGCACCAAAGCGACUGAAACAACGAAUAAGUUACCAGUAAAACAAACACAACAAAGUCAACAACAACAACAACUGAAACAAAAACAAUCGCCUCAACAGCAACAACAACAAAAACAACAUCAACUUCAACAAAAACAACAUCAACUUCAACAACAACAAUCACAAAAAGCCGUGGCAUCGAAGCAAGUAGAAGCCACAACUGUGUCGCUUAAGGACAGGAAGAUUGUUGUAUCCAACCGGACUGGCAAAGAUGCCGUGAGCACUGAUAAAGCCAAUUCAAGCAAAUCACCCACUAAAUCGCCCGGUUCUAAGGUAAUCACUUUCAAAGAAUGGUUAGAGCAACAGAAGAAAAGUACCUGUGAGGAUGGUGGUGAAGAGGUGCUCUUUGAACCCGAUGAAAGUGCUCUACGUAUGGAUAAAAUUCUGACUGCCCCGACGACGGAGCCAAAAUGCAGCAAUACAAGCGUCAGCGAAGUAAACACUUCGGCCGAGCAAAAAACAAAGGAGCCACCGGCGGUGCAAAUGCCAACCGCUGAGUUGAGCCCGACUAAAAGCUCAAAGAAGAAAACGAAUGUGCGCGAUGCUACUAAAAGAAAGAGGGAGAGUGAGGCGGCGUCUACGUCAAAUAAAGAAACGAAAGAAAGUGUUGCCAACGAAUUGGCCAAACAGACGCCACCAGCUGCAAAGCAAGGGCGUAUUGAAAAAGUGGUUACACCUACAUCCACACCAGUAGCAGCACAAUUUAAACGGCCCUCAUUGCCGCAAAGGGUGUCACGUCUAACACCAUCACGUUUCAAAAAUCGUACACCAACACAGACCGAUGCCCGCGCAAGCGCACACAGCACACAACAGCAUUCGCGGCAAACAACGCUAUCACGGCUUGGCACUAAAGUGAAGUUGCGUAAAUUGCGUGUGCGCAUUAAUCGUUCCACCGUUGCGGCAUAUUUCAAAAAUUUAAAUUUAAAUAAAGUUAAAGAGCAAGUUGAAGAAAAUUCCGUCUCAAUUUCGCAUUCCAUGACUGACAUUGCAUUGUCAGAAAGCGUUACUAAAACUACGGAGCCCUCUCAAAAGCGUAUUCCGCAAAAGGAUCCACUUGCUCCAGCUAAGGAAAGCAUAGUCACCCAGCCUACAGCAGCAACAACAACGCCAACACAAUUACCCACAUUAACGGCGCGUCCAAACGUUAUUUCUGCGGCUGAGAUCAACGAUGCGUUGCAACCCUCACCGGUAGCUAUGCCAGCAUUAACUAAGGUGCCGCCCAGCGUGGAGGAAAAAUCUCCAACAAAAUCUCAAGAAAAUCCAGUUUCAUCUCAAACUGAAGCAACAGAUCAGCAAUUUGGCAGCGCAGAAGAGCUCUCACUAUUAACUCCUAUGAAAUGUGUAACAGUACUGCCAACGACGAGCAACAGUUUACGUUCACAGCAGCCGCAACAACAGCAAAAGCAACAAAUUCCAUCGACAGGCGCGGAAGGUAUGCGUGAAAAACGCGCAAGCACGACAAGCAGUUCUGACGCUAGCAUUACACAGCGAUCGCAAUCGACUGGCAAACAAGCCAACAGCAGCAGCAGCUCAACAAUCACCGCUGCCAGCAGCAUAGCUAACGAUACACAAUUAUCAUUUACACCUGUAGUGCCUAAAGAGGAGUUGGUUGAUGAGCACGCAACGCCCGCACAACAAACAGCUGCUGGCAUUACGUUGGGCACAAGCGCAGACAACACGGCCACCACUAAUUCUUUAGCAUCGCGCACACUGGCUAUAGCAGCCGCCACCAAUUCGGCACUCAAUCAAACGCCUGCAAAUGAUGCAACCGGUUAUUAUGGCCUAACGCCUACACAGUUGGACACAAAUGGCACGCGUCUAUAUUCCUUUCUGCAUCCAGCUAAGUACAAUCGUAAUCACGGUUGCGUAUUACUCGACUACUGUUGUCCAAAUCUGGACGGUCCAAUGCCGGCCAUCGAUCCGACACGCAUACACGCGCAAGUGCAGGCCGGCGUACGCGAACUGCCCGCUUACAUAGUAAUGUCAACGAAACUUAUAACACGCGCCGAUUUGGAAGCCAACAAGAAUGUUAUACCGGCUUCCAUUCGGCAAAAGGUGGAAAAAAUUACAGCUGAUGCUUCGAAUACGAACACGCCGACAAAUCAAACGUCUGCGCCUGCGUCUACUGCAAUUGCUGCACCAAAUACAUCUAUAGCAAAUGUAACAACGGUGCCAGCAAAUCUGACCGUUAGCAAGCCCACAACAACAACAACUGCAUUAACACCAACCAUUACGGCAUUGCAAAAACAUUUGCCCUCAACCACGAGCAUUAUACCGAAAUUGAUGCCAGCAACUUCUACACCCACAAUGUCGUCACUUGGCACUACACCAACAAGCGUCACACCUCAAUUACCCGUUGUAUCUGAUUAUCAGCGUUCUUUGUUGCGCACCAGCGUACGUCAGUUCGAUGCACGUCUCAAAAAGUACUAUUAUCGAAUUGCAAUGCUUUCGUUUUCCGAACGACAAACAAUUAUUGAUGGCAUCAUUAAUUCCACAACGCUGACACCGAAAGAUGUUGACUGUGCUGUGCGUUUGAUUGACGAGUAUGCUGCACAAAUUGGUGUUGCGCCCACUACCAGUGCAGGUAAUGUAGCUACAGCAGCUAAGACAACAACGCCAGCUAUACAAUCAGUAUCGAAAGCAAUAACAACACAAACCACCAACACUGUGGUACGCACCACAACCAUACAGCAACAGUCAGUGAAUCCAAAUUCGCAAAGUUCUAAAACAAAUCAAGUUGCCGUCUUGGAUAAGGACAAUAGCUUAUUGGGUUAUCAGCUAGCAGCAUCACCGAUGCCGAUGAAUAAAUCAUCAAUAUCGACACGUUCCAGCAUAAUGUCGUCGUCGCUAACUGGUAGUAUGAACACUUCGUUUGCAAAUGUAACGACUACAUCGAGCGUUACUUUACCCACACUUAAGGGUGCACAAGCCUCGCCAAGAAUUUUUUACACCAAACCCCCAAUGCAGACGUCUACACCGAUUGCAACAACUGCAAGCAACGCUAACACACCGUUGAACGAUGGUAAAACCACAUCGCUGAGAAGUACGCCACGCAUGGGGCGAGAGUUGACCAUACGUCAGAUUCCACAAAAACUCAAUUCUGUCCCAGCGUCGUCCACAACGGCAACAGUAACCCUACCAACACGACGUUUGCCAACAUUGACACGUAAUCCACAUCUGACAGCAGGCAAUUCGGUUGAAAAGAGCAUUUCCGAAACGAUUACAACGCGUUCGGCUGUCACCAUUACAAACGCACCGAAGCGUAUGACACGCGCCACCGCAGCGGCCAAAGUCGUUGUGAUAACACAGAACACCGAUGGCAAUAAUGCGCCGCUAGAUGAGUGUAUACUGCCGGACGGGCAUGAAAAUACUGAAAUAAAACGUGAGAAGGUCGAUGAUGAUUUUGUUGGUGGUAAUUAAAUAUAAUUUAUAUAUGGUAUAUAUAUAUUAUUUUUUAUAAUAAAAAUAUAAAAAAUAUUAUAUAAAAAUAGUAAUAUAGCAAAGUAAUGGAAACACAACAACUAUUUAUAAGAUCAAUACAAUCUGACAACUACUUGCCCGUUGGAAUGUUGGAAUGUUGUACGGGGAGUAGCGUAAAAUUGUUUUACUAGAUUAAGUUUUUCAAUAAUGACUUGAGUUCUUUUUAAGUUUCUCUCAAUAAAUCGCAUAAAUGUUGCGAUAAACAAAAGGGUGUUAAACAUUUUUUCUCAUUACUCAUCAUUUAAUUUGCCUUUAUAAAAUAUAUGCAAACAAAUAUGUACUAUAUACGUGUAUGUAAACACUAUUUCACAUGCAAAUGCAUGCAACGUUUAAGUAAUAGCCGCUAAAUUUUUCCCAAUAUGGAUCAAUACACCAAGCACCAAGCACCAUGUUCAUUAAUCAUCGCCUAAAACUAUACUUUACUGCAAUGUAUGACGUAACAUUUUAUUUACCAAUAAAUAUGUGUGUAUAUAUAGUAAUUUAUUGAAAUUACUAUCUUUCUUUUCUUGUCACAGUUAUGUAAGUCAUGAAGUGUGAAAAUAUCUUAUAAGAUUUAUUAAAUUGGAAAAAUUAGAAACACAGCUACUCCAUAUUAUAAUAAAUACAUACAUUUAAAAUAUUA